ACGCAACUGGCUGAGAGGCGCAACUUCCCCCGAGCGUUCCCUCAUCCGGAGUCCGAGUUCCACCUCCGUGGCUUUAAAAUAGUUUGUCGAUCUCACCCUCACCUCGAGGAAUUUUCUUGACUUCCUGUUUGACUUGGACCAAGCACUCUUUAUUUCCCAGGUGGAUGUGAUGCGGUGAAUCCGCCGUGCCUUCGGAACCAGAAGCGGUGGAUUUGGGGUGGGGGGGCCGUUUGGUCGCCAUCUGAUCGCCUCCUCCCUGCUGGAGCUGGAGAGAUGCCCGCGGCAGGAUGUGCUCCAGCCGCAAGAUCCUGUGGAGUCUGCUCCUGCUCUCCGUGGUGGAGGUCGGCCUGGGCGUGGCGAGCAUCGUCCUGGGCGCGGUGGGCAUCAGCUGGGUCCGGGGCGAGCACAAGCCGCAGCAGGGGGACGCCUCUCCGGUCUGGAGUGGACUCUGCUUCCUGCUCUGUGGGAUGUGCGGAGUGCUCUGUGCUCGAAAGAGGACUGGUCUCAUUAUGAUCCUCUUCUCAGCAUGCUGCAUAUGCGGUUUGAUUGGUGGGAUUCUCAAUUUCCAGUUCGUACGGGCACUGAAUAAACGGCCUAACUCCAUGCAUUCGAUCCACCUGGCUGCCAUGACUCUGGCCUGUCUAGGAAUCUCAUCCUGUACGUUGUCCACAUGGCUAACGUGUCGACUGGCCAGCUCCGAGCAGCAGAGGAUGUUCCUGGAGAGGGAACACUCACUGCACCAUUCACAUGAGAUGACAGAGAAGGAAAUCCUUGACAACUCAAGCAAUGGGAUUCCUCAGAUUUCCUACAAUGGACACACUACAGCAUCUCCUUGAUCUCUCACUGGAAACUUCCCUUUGGAAACUUCGUCUUUUUUUCUUUGCUGCUUCCAGCAGGAGACGGACAUCAUAAGGAAAGCUUUCAUGCUUCUUAAUAAUUAUGCAAACGUGGACUCAGAGACCUUCGGUACAACUCAAACCGAAGCCAGGAUGGUGAACUGCUGUUGAUGAAACAAAUCAGGUAAAAAUCCUCUCUGUGUGGGAUCCUAACACUAACGAGCAGGAUGAUGGAUCUCAUCUAGUCGGCGUCCUUGGCAACAUGAGCACAAACUUUGCAUGAAACUGACUUUUUUUUUAAACUUAUAUUUAAAUCUUGUUGUCCUUAUUCUUUGUUUAUGGAAUGCAGACCGAGAUAGCCAAUGGUAGACUAGAUGUAUUGUCUGAUAAUGGAAUGCUUUGACAUGAAAAUACAGUGACGUGCAAUGUAUUCUACGGUAUACCCAUGCUUGUAUAUCAGGUAUCUAUAAAAUCAAACAUAUUUUUAUAUAAUGCUUCUUAUAAAGUUGAUUCAAAUAAAGUACGGC